ACAGCGAGUCUGUUUUUGGAAAGUGCAGUGGAGCGGGUCCCAAAUCACCUUGGAUUUGAUUGUCAAAGCUUACAGCUGACAGGCGCAUCCAUCUGUGACGGGCGAGCCGUACUUAAUAGAGUAUCCUGCAAGCUUGCGACACUCUGCACAAAGAGCUACACGAUAAUCACUAAAAAGAUAUCACAACGAAGACUCACAAAGUCUAAUCCAAGUUACAAAGAGCUACAAGAACAAGUUAAGAGAGAUACGAAUCAAAAUGGCAUUGCAGUAUUUGGUAGAUUACGCAGCCGAGAAUCUAAGCGUAGUGAUCGCCAUUGCGCUAGUUGCAGUGAUCUUCGCUGCAGCAUCGAUAAUGAGCUCCAAGGCGGGAUCCUCCAGCCUUCCAGGUCCCUGGAGCUUACCAGUCGUCGGCAACAUCUUUCUGUUCGGCUCCUCGCCUCACAGGAACGUCACCAACCUUGCGAAGCACUACGGAGACGUUUUCUCCAUGAAGCUGGGCAGUAUGGAGGCCGUGAUACUCAACUCCGUGGACGUCGUCAAAGAGGCCCUCGUGAAGCGCGCCUCCGACUUCUCCGGGAGACCACCACUCCACACAUUCCUGCUCUCUAGUAAUGGUGGCCAGAACGUCGCGUUUACGGACUUCGGCAAGCGCUAUAUCCAGAACAGACGAGCCCUGGACCUCGCGCUGCAGACUCAGACCCAAGACAGCGUGGCUUUCACAGAGAAAAUCCAGGCGGAGGCAGAUGCACUCGUGUGCAGUCUUCUGAACUCACGCAAGGAGAAAUUCAACUCUGCAAAUCAAAUUGGUAAUAUCGCCGCAAGCCUUCAAAUCGGACUGUUCUUUGGCGAACGGCUCCGAUCCAGGUAUUUGAAGGAAGCGCAAGAGUUAAUGGACCACUCCACAGAUUUUAUUGAGAACAGCGCAGUUGGCAACGUGGUGGAUUUCAUGCCAUGGGUGAAGACAGUCUUUAAGAGUCAAGUCCGAAAAGUCGACGAAACAGUCCGGGGUCUGACCACAUUUGUCCGUAAACUGUACCAACUGCGAAUGCGCGAGAUUCAGGAAAAAGGUGACGAGAGCACAACGAUUGCUGACACGCUGAUAAAGAUCAAGAAAAACCAAGACAAGUACUUAGCGAGUGAUGAGAACGGGAAUUCAUCAGACGAAGUUGACUUUGACAACGAGAGGGUCAUAAAUCUAAUGGCGGACUCAUUUGGCGGUGGCUAUGAGAAAUUAGGAACCGCUAUGAAAUGGUUCGUGGCGUAUUUGGUGGCGUACCCUGAAGCUCAAGAGCAGCUAUAUCAAGAAAUAGCGCACGUCAAAGGUACCAACCCCAUCUCACUAGAAGACAAGAAAAAACUCCCUCUCCUUGAGGCGACCGUGCUGGAAGUGCUACGCCGCAGCUGCUUCUUGCCCUUCGCUCUACCGCACUGCACAGUCCGAGACACCACCGUCGCAGGCUACAAGUUGCCCAAAGACACUAUCGUGUUUGUAAACCUGUGGGGGUGUUGCCACGACCCUAAGUACUUCAAAGAUCCGUUCAAGUUCAACCCUCUCCGCCAUCUCGACACGAAACAACAGCAGGUUAAACCAAACUCGUGCAUGAUGGCGUUCAGUGACGGAGACAGGCGUUGUCCUGGUGAGGGCUAUGCAAAGUCUGCGCUUUUUAUCCUCAUGGGAACACUAGUGCAGAGGCUGCGAGUAAGGAAUGGAACAGAGGAACCUAUCGAGGAGAAAUUUGGACUGACGCUCCGCCCAAAGUCGCACUCUGUUAGAGUGCAAGCGCGGUAAAUAUACCAGGGUCCAGGCGAGGACUAUGAACACUGUGGAAACAGAGCGAACUUUGCAAGGAGCACGAGAUAGGCACAUGUUCCAAUGCAGAAUCUGUAACAUUUGCAAAAGACAGCUCGUAAAGGGCAAUGAACAAACUAAAAUUUUACUCGUAUAAACAAGGUUUUAUAAGACGUCCCAGCAACGGGCUGGAAAAUUUAAGGAAUUUGUGCGUUUUCGUGAUGAAUGCCUGGUGAUACCUGAACAGUAUUGAUAUUCCAAGAGUUUGCUAAUUACGGUUUUUAGCGUAAAGAACUGAGUGGAUUUAUAUAUUGUUUAUCGUAAGAGUUGACCCCUGGGUUGUCGCAACCAUGUGCUUACGCUGGAACAAAUCCUGACAAAAACUCUGCAAGAGUUUGAAUUUUUUUACCGUGGUAACUGUAUUUUUUUAUUUCUCUAACGAAACAAAUUCUUGAGCAAAUACUUGUUAAAUAAAAAAAAACCCUGAAAAUA